GGAGAGAGCGCGCAUUCGGAAUCACAGGAAGGAUUUUGGCGAUGUCUUCUGCAUGCGCUGUUCAUUUCAGCACCACAAACCCUCAUCUGAGAACAGAAGGCAGAGUCUUCUGAAGACGUGACGCUCUUUGAGGGUGAUGCCGAACAGGGCAUAUUUACUCUUCGUCUGACACGUUAUCAUCUCUUCUCCUAUCUCCUGCUACCAGUCAGGUGACAUGCGUGUCAUGCGGCCCAUGAGAAAUCCCUUUGGCCACAUCUUUAACAUGGAGAUGGGCACGUACGUUACAACCCACCUGCUGCACCAGUAGCCCUCAACCAUUGGAUUUUCAAACCUACACUUUUGCACAUCGUUCCCAGCGGCUCCAUGGAUAUGGAUCCUGUAAGUCGGACACAUUGCCAACUCAUCAUCUUCUUUUGCUACUGGCUCCCGGUUUCCCUCCAGCGUGUAGAGACGCCUGCUGUGGAGUAUGCCCACUCUAUUCGUCUAGAUGGUGACAUCAUCCUGGGCGGCCUGUUCCCGGUUCACACCCGGGGUGAGCGUGGCGUCCCCUGCGGCGAGUUGAAAAAAGAGAAAGGUAUUCACAGAUUGGAGGCGAUGCUGUUCGCCAUCGAUCUCAUCAAUAAAGACCCAGAGCUGCUCCCCAAUGUGACUUUGGGGGCCCGCAUUCUGGACACCUGCUCUCGGGACACCUACGCCCUCGAGCAGUCUCUUACCUUCGUGCAAGCUCUCAUCGAGCGCGACGGGUCGGAUGUACGCUGUGCCAAUGGAGACCUGCCCAUAUUCACCAAGCCGGACAAAAUCGUCGGGGUCAUCGGAGCGGCCGCAAGCUCCGUCUCCAUCAUGGUGGCCAACAUCUUGAGGCUUUUUAAGAUUCCUCAGAUCAGCUACGCAUCCACGGCUCCAGAGCUGAGCGACAACUCCCGCUACGACUUUUUCUCCCGCGUCGUUCCGCCGGAUUCCUACCAGGCGCAGGCCAUGCUGGAUAUCGUCACGGCGAUGGGCUGGAACUACGUCUCCACGCUGGCCUCCGAAGGGAACUACGGCGAAAGUGGCGUGGAAGCGUUCGUGCAGAUCUCCAGGGAAAUGGGUGGAGUUUGCAUUGCACAGUCUCUGAAGAUCCCCCGGGAACCGAGGCUUGGGGAAUUCGACAAGAUAAUCCGACGCCUGCUGGAGACCCCCAACGCCCGAGCCGUCAUCAUGUUUGCAAAUGAGGAUGAUAUCAGACGAGUUUUGGAUGCAGCCAAGAGGACCAACCAGACGGGUCAUUUUUUGUGGGUCGGGUCUGACAGCUGGGGCUCAAAAAUCUCACCGGUCUUACAGCAAGAGACAGUUGCAAAGGGAGCCAUCACCAUCCUUCCCAAAAGAGCCACAGUCGAAGCGUUCGAUCGUUACUUCCGUAGCCGAUCGCUGUCCAACAACAGAAGAAACGUCUGGUUUGCGGAAUUCUGGGAGGAGAACUUUGGCUGCAGACUGGGCAUGCAUGGACUUAAACGACCGGGAAACCUUAAAAAGUGCACUGGAUUGGAGAAGGUGGGCCGUGACUCCAGUUAUGAGCAGGAAGGGAAGGUGCAGUUUGUGAUGGAUGCGGUUUAUGCGAUGGCACACGCUCUGCAUCGCAUGCAUAAGGACUACUGCUUCGGCUAUCCGGGCCUGUGUCCCCGCAUGAGCAAUAUCAAUGGAAAAGAGCUUCUGGGAUACAUCAGAAGCGUUAACUUUAAUGGAAGUGCUGGGACUCCGGUGAUCUUCAAUCAGAACGGGGAUGCACCCGGGCGAUACGACAUAUUCCAGUAUCAGAUAACCAACAAAUCAACGCCUGAGUAUAAAGUGAUCGGCCAAUGGACCAACAAACUUCAUCUCAAUGUGGAAGCCAUGCGCUGGCAGAAAGGCGACAACGCGUUUCCGGUCUCCGUGUGUAGCGUUCCUUGCCGAAUGGGUGAAAGGAAGAAGAUAGUGAAGGGCGUUCCCUGCUGCUGGCACUGUGAGCGAUGUGAAGGAUACCACUUCCAGGCCAGCGAGUUCAGCUGCGAGCUGUGUCCGUACGAGCAGCGCCCCGACCGCAAUCGUACCGGCUGCGUCCCGAUUCCCAUCAUCAAACUGGAGUGGCACUCGGCUUGGGCGGCCGUGCCCAUGUUCAUCGCCGUCCUGGGCAUCUUGGCCACUAGUUUUGUAGUGGUCACCUUCGUACGCUACAACGACACACCCAUCGUGCGCGCUUCUGGCCGAGAGAUGAGCUACGUGCUGCUGACGGGCAUUUUUUUGUGUUACGCCAUCACCUUCCUGAUGAUCGCCACCCCGAGUUUGGCGGUUUGCUCGUUUCGCCGCGUGUUCCUUGGUUUGGGCAUGUGCUUCAGCUACGCGGCCUUGCUGACCAAGACCAAUCGCAUCCAUCGAAUCUUCGAGCAGGGGAAGAAGUCAGUGGCUGCCCCGCGGUUUAUAAGCCCCGCCUCUCAGCUGGUCAUUACCUUCAGUCUGAUCUCGGUGCAGCUGCUCGGCGUGUUUAUGUGGUUUGCCGUGGACCCGCCGCACACGGUGGUGGACUACGGCGAGCAGCGCACAUCCGACCCGGUGAAGGCCCGCGGGGUCCUCAAGUGCGACAUCUCGGAUCUGUCGCUCAUCUGUUCACUGGGGUACAGCAUCCUUUUGAUGGUCACAUGCACUGUUUAUGCCAUCAAGACCCGGGGUGUCCCGGAGACUUUCAAUGAGGCUAAGCCGAUUGGAUUUACUAUGUACACUACCUGCAUCAUCUGGUUGGCAUUUAUACCCAUCUUCUUUGGAACGGCACAGUCGGCAGAGAGGAUGUAUAUCCAGACCAGCACGCUCACUAUCUCUCUCAGUCUCAGUGCGUCUGUAUCUCUGGGGAUGCUCUACAUGCCCAAGGUCUACAUCAUCAUCUUCCACCCGGAGCAGAACGUCCCCAAACGCAAGCGCAGCUUCAAAGCUAUCGUCACUGCCGCCACCAUGUCAGGAAAACUCGUCACGAAAGGAGGCGACCGACCCAACGGAGAGGUUAAGACUGAACUCUGUGAGAGCAUGGAGACCAAUACGUCCUCCACCAAGACGACGUACGUCAGCUACAGCAAUCAUGCCAUCUGAAAAGGGCCACGCUCUUUGGGCAAAUCCAGGGGCGGGGCUGUGUCUAAACCAGGACAGCCGACAGAGCAAAUGGACCUUCCACAGGCAUAUAAGCAUGAGAUUUUAUAUCGUUCUGCAUCAAACCGAAACCUGCGGCAUCCAGGGAGAGAAACGUAUUUACGGGAUCUAUCAGAUAGACUGCUGUCCCGUGCCGAAGAGCUAGCGGUCCUGCCGUAAAUCAGCACUAUAACACUCAGAAAUCGCAACAAAAAGCCGAUGCCGCCGGCUCGCAGUCAUGACAAGCAAAAAAAAUCAAUACCCCUGUGAAAAAAUGGUGUAAACAUUCUGCAGAUGGCAAAUGCAUUCACAGUAAACUUUGGAUAUGUGGAUGUUAAAAGAAGAUAUAUUAAAACUACCAGAGUCGAAUAUGUUUGUUGUUAAGCUACUUGUAUUUUUGUGGUCGUGCAGAAGUUUUUCAUUCUUGUCUCACUUUGUCAGAAUCCUGCAUUCUAAGAUGACUUGUCUUGUAUUGGCUGACUGAGAUGUAAUACUGGGGUUGUGAAGCUGUAAAAUGCCAUGGUUGAAGCAUGCUAGUUUUUUAUACUAAAAAAAGAUUUAUUUAUAAUAAAGGAAUGUUUUGCAAAUGUG